AUGUCCGCCCCCCUCGCCCCCAGACCCCUCUUCGGCGGCGCCAUCGCCCUCGCCCUCCCCCAGGACUCCAUCGACGCCAGCGACCUUCGCCAAAUACCAGACAACCAAGAAGUCUUUCUCUUUCCCCACAGCGAUACUGCCCUUGUACUGGAAGUGCUCGAGCUCGUGGAAGAGGGUGGUGCGAAGGAUGAUCUGUGGGAAGCUGCCAAAUUCCAUUUCGGAUCUAUAGCCCACGACAACGCCUCCCUCUCAUCCACAAUCCUCACCCCCCCUCCCUCCUCCCCCAUCCCCAGCACCCCUUCAACAUCCACCCCAUCCCAGAUCAAAGCUACAACACUAGCAGGCACACAGCAGAUCCAUAAAUUCUCCCAUGACCCCACGGGUGCACCGAGGGAAGGGCACGAGGCGGAUGUGCCGGACCAGGUAUGGAUUGGACUUGCUCUGUGGCGGGUAUGGAUUGAGGGAGCGGCGGGGAGGAAGAAGGCGGAUGUGGUGUUGAGCGUUAAUGUCAAUCUGAGUGCCGAGGGCGGAGAAGGGGCCAAGGAGCAACAUCUUGUCGAAGGAUGGUUUGCCCAGGCAGUCGAUUCGUUCAAAGUAGAAGACUUUGGGCUAUUCGGCGACGUCUAA